UUCAGCCCGGAGUGCGGCGCUCUCCGGGUCCCUUCCCCCUUGGUGCGCUGUGGCCCCGCAUCGGGCUGGAGCGGACCCCGGGCUCUCGGACGCAGGUCCUGAUGGCCGCGCCCGUUACUCAGCAGGUCAGCGGCGGCGCCGCCCCGUCCCCGAGCCCGGCGCUGGCCGGCCCUGAGAGCGGGCAGCCCCUGGCGCCCUCCGUGGCCGAGCUGCCCGUGCUGGACGCCACGGGGAAGAGGCUGCCCUUCGGCGCACUGUUCCGGGAGCGACGUGCCGUGGUGGUCUUCGUGCGGCAUUUCCUGUGUUACAUCUGCAAGGAAUACGUGGAGGACCUGGCUAAAGUCCCCGAGCGACUCCUACAAGAAGCAAAUGUCACCCUUAUAGUGAUUGGACAGUCAUCCUACCAUCAUAUUGAGCCUUUCUGCAAACUGACUGGGUAUUCCCAUGAAAUCUAUGUUGAUCCUGAGAGAGAAAUUUAUAAAAGACUGGGAAUGAAAAGAGGUGAAGAAAUUGCCUCCUCAGGACAGAGCCCCCACGUCAAGUCAAAUCUGCUCUCAGGAAGCCUUCAGAGCCUGUGGCGGGCAGUGACUGGCCCUCUUUUUGACUUCCAAGGAGACCCAGCCCAGCAAGGCGGGACCCUCAUUGUAGGUCCAGGUAACAACAUCCAUUUUAUGCACCGUGAUAGGAAUAGGUUGGAUCAUAAACCCAUAAACUCUGUCUUACAGCUUGUAGGAGUUCCGCAUGUGAACUUCACAAGCAGACCUUCCAUCAUCCACGUGUGACUUGCCAGUGGUCCUUGGGAACCUGACCUUCAGUGCCAGCAUGCAGCACCUUGUGCUUUCUGGGGCUGGCCCCUCCCAGCCUCUGAGGGAGGAUGAGAGCAGAUUCCUUCCAUUUGGAUCCAGGUUGAGGCUUCAGUUGUCAAAAAUGUGAUACAUAUUUUAAAUUUUGUAGCUUUUUAUAGCUUUUUAAAAAAUAAGGAGUUAGUCUACUUUGGGCUGUGGAGAGCAGCUCAGCAGCAGAGCACUUGCUUCCCAGGAACAAGGCCCAGGGUUUACCCAGCACUGCGAAAAUAAAAAUAAAAAUACAUGCACACAUACUUGUAAGUAUACAGGAGAAAACUUUAAAAGUUAUAGAACUCUCAUGCACAAGGCCCUGGGUUCAAUUCCCGGCACCACACACACCGCCCCCCCCCCCCCAAAAAAAAUCGUAAAAUUAGGAACACAUUUGCUAAAAUUAAAUAACGUGGUCAGUUGUUCAAUAAAAGAUGGUUUCAGCAAUUAAAACAUAUAAAGGAAAUGGAAAAUAACUCCACCAUUUUAUUCAAUAAAAAAAGCAGGAUAUCAAA